UGGCUUUCACUAAGAAUGUCUGGUUCUCGUAAAGAGUUUGACGUGAAGCAGAUUUUAAAAAUCAGAUGGAGGUGGUUUGGUCAUCAGGCAUCAGCCCCGAACUCUGCAAUUGAAAACCAUCAGGGAGACUUCUGGAAUAGAGGACAAAAUGUAACAACUGCUAGCAGGAAGUUUUUAGACUCGGGUAACUUACCUUUAACAUCAGUUGGUUACAGAAGGUCCAGCCAACAGGAUUUCCAGAAUUCACCUCUUUGGCCAAUGCCAUCCACCUCAGAAAUCCCUGCAUUUGAAUUCUCAGCAGAAGACUGUGGAGGUGCAUGUUGGCUUGGCAGACAAGAAACAGAUGAUAGAGCAAGUGAAGAAGAAAAUGAAUCGGACAGCAGCUCGUGCAGAACCUCCAACAGCAGUCACACCUUAUCAUCUUGUCAAACAAUGGAGCCCUGUACCUCAGAUGAAUUUUUUCAGGCUCUCAACCAUGCUGAACAAACUUUUAAAAAGAUGGAGAAUUAUCUUAGACACAAUCAGCUGUGUGAUGUGGUGUUAGUUGCUGGUGAUCGUAGAAUUCCAGCUCACAGAUUGGUUCUCUCCUCUGUUUCGGACUACUUUGCAGCAAUGUUCACUAAUGAUGUAAGGGAAGCAAGACAGGAAGAAAUCAAGAUGGAAGGUGUGGAGCCAAAGGCAUUGUGGGCUCUGGUUCAAUAUGCAUAUACAGGUCGCCUUGAAUUAAAAGAAGAUAACAUUGAGUGCCUGUUGUCUACAGCUUGCCUUCUUCAGCUCUCUCAGGUUGUAGAAGCAUGCUGUAAAUUCCUCAUGAAGCAGCUUCACCCAUCCAAUUGCCUUGGAAUCCGAUCCUUUGCUGAUGCCCAGGGUUGCACUGACUUGCACAAGGUGGCUCACAAUUACACUAUGGAAAACUUCAUGGAAGUAAUUAGAAAUCAGGAAUUUCUGUUAUUGCCAGCCACUGAAAUUGCUAAGCUUUUAGCAAGUGAUGACAUGAAUAUUCCUAAUGAAGAAACUAUACUGAAUGCACUACUUACGUGGGUUCGACACGAUUUGGAACAGAGAAGGAAAGAUCUCAGUAAACUCCUGGCUUACAUUAGACUGCCUCUGCUUGCUCCACAAUUUUUGGCAGACAUGGAGAACAACGCACUCUUUAGGGAUGACAUUGAAUGUCAAAAGCUCAUUAUGGAAGCAAUGAAGUACCAUCUGUUGCCAGAGAGACGACCUAUGUUGCAAAGCCCUCGCACCAAACCUAGAAAAUCUACAGUGGGCGUUUUGUUUGCAGUUGGAGGAAUGGAUGCAACAAAAGGAGCUACCAGCAUUGAAAAAUACGAACUUCGUACCAACACGUGGACUCCAGUUGCAAACAUGAAUGGACGAAGAUUACAGUUUGGAGUUGCAGUCUUAGAUGAUAAAUUGUUUGUUGUUGGUGGCAGAGAUGGACUGAAAACAUUGAAUACCGUGGAGUGCUACAACCCUAGAUCAAAAACUUGGAGUGUAAUGCCACCGAUGUCCACUCAUCGUCACGGUCUUGGAGUAGCUGUACUGGAAGGUCCCAUGUAUGCUGUAGGAGGACAUGAUGGCUGGAGCUACCUGAAUACAGUAGAAAGAUGGGAUCCACAGGCUCGUCAGUGGAACUUCGUAGCUAGCAUGUCAACUCCCAGGAGCACUGUUGGUGUAGCAAUAUUAAAUGGAAAGCUUUAUGCAGUUGGUGGUCGAGAUGGAAGUUCUUGUCUUAAGUCAGUAGAAUGUUUUGAUCCUCAUACAAACAAAUGGACUCUCUGUGCUCAGAUGUCAAAAAGAAGAGGUGGUGUAGGUGUAACCACCUGGAACGGGUUCUUGUAUGCCAUAGGUGGCCACGACGCUCCAGCAUCCAACUUAACAUCCAGGCUGUCAGACUGUGUGGAAAGGUAUGAUCCCAAAACAGACAUGUGGACUGCUGUGGCCUCUAUGAGCAUUAGCAGAGAUGCAGUAGGGGUGUGUCUUCUUGGUGACAAGUUGUACGCUGUUGGAGGAUAUGAUGGGCAAACAUAUCUUAAUACUGUGGAGUCUUAUGAUCCCCAGACAAAUGAAUGGACACAGGUUGCACCACUGUGCUUAGGAAGAGCUGGAGCAUGUGUUGUGACUGUAAAACUCUGAAUUAUUUUCUCUGGGAAGAUGACAUUCUCCUGUGUAGACUCAGAGGAUUAUUUUUUCCUCAAGCAAACUGCAAGUGCGUCAAUCAGCACCAGGUGCAGGAUAUCUACCACAGCAAAGUGUUUGGUCUGAAGUUGACAUGAUGUUCUUAUGGACCAAUAUUAAGCACUUUUUAAAAACUUUUGUUAUGCAUAUGUUACAAGAAUUCUUCUUGUAAGAAAGUCACCUGCAACCUGCCAAUUGGCAGUAGAGGACUUCUGUUUAGGAAGUGCUAAGAAAAUGAGUGAACUCACUAUAAUAAUGUUAUGGUUCUGGGGCCUUGAUUUCCCUAAAUGCAGAGCAAUGAUGCUAUAAAUGGAUAUACUUUGAUAUAAUUGGGUCUAUCUCUGGAUGAAACAAGUUAUAGGAUUGGACCCUGUAGAUUUAAUUUGCCUGUAAUAAAUGCAAAUAGGUAUCUGAGUAACUACAAGGCAGGCUAGCAUACCAAUGCAAACUAUUGUAAAUGGCAGGUGUCAUGUCUGCCUUGGAAAUGAAGUUGUGUAUUUGGUAAAUCUUUUGCACUUUUUAGCAUCAUUCCUAGUUUAGCAAACUUUUUAUUUAACCAAAGCCUUAUUUUAAAUAUUGUCUUAUGCUAAUAGAAACCUGCUAUUUAAUAAUUUCUGACAGGUAUUUUUGACAUCCAGUGUACUUUUUGGGUUUUCAGAGUUGUUAUGCAAGAUGCAGAAGAUCAUACCUUUUGCUCUGCUUUGGUUCUUGUAUUUACUUUGCUGUUUGUAUGCAUUAUUGGAAGAAUUCUAAAGUGUGAUUAACAAUUAACCAAUUUAAGUUUAAUAUUUGCACUUUGGAAUUUUUGAAGCAUUCCAUUACAUUAGACUAAUUACAUUUUUAAAUGAGGCUUUGCACUACUAUGAGAAGUAUACU